AUGUGGGUCGCACCUAUCUACCAAGGUGAAUCCUUGCUGUGUAUCGUGGGGCCCGAAUACGAUUCGUCAGGCACUACUCGUGCGUUCUUCCAAGGAUCGUGUGCGAACUGCCUAUGGAAUGGCAAGUCGGCGAAGUGUGACUAUUACCUUAGUCGCACUCAGGGUUGGAACUCCGACGAUGACGUUACGAUCCUUCAGGCUGGCGGAUUGUUGCAGGCUCUGGGCAGUGGUCGCGUGCUCAAAGAUAUUCCCCCCAAGGUCGAAGAAAUCGCAGACGACACGGUUGAAAAACAGUCGACAGCAUCGGGAACUAUGCGUACGCCUCGCAAGACCACCGCUCCGGCCACUGAGACGUUCUCCGAAGCAGAUCCGAGUGGCUCGUGUGAAGAUGACUUGCUCAUGUUCCUCACCUCAGCCACAAGACCUGGUUAA